GUUUGGCUAGGCUGCCGCCUCACUGUCCGGUGUCCCCGCUCCCACCAGCCGGAUACCCAAGCCUCAUCUGCCAGGCCUGGCCGUAGUCGCCGGCGGGCUGGAGAGAAUGCGGCGCCGUGCCUAGGGCUUGACGCGCCGCGCCUUUGCCUCCUAAGUCGCCAGCUCCCCCCUCCGCUUCCAGUAGUCUUUCAGUUUUCCCCCUGGCGCUGUCGCAGACCCCGACCAACCCCUUCCCAACCUCGAUAGCCACUGUCGUCAUGUCCCAGCCGGGGAUACCGGCCACCGGCGGCGCCCCAGCCAACUUCCAGGCCCAGAACGGGGCCGCCUCAGCCUCGGGGUCUCUCUACACCAACGGUCCUGUCCCAAAUGCACUGAUGUCUUCACAAGUGUCGGUGAGCCAAGGAUAUAAUUCUCAGCUUCCAGGAUCCUAUCCUCAUCUAAUACCAGCAAAGACGUUGAAUCCAAUCUCUGGACAGUCUAACUAUGGUAGUUCUCAGACUGUUUCUCCAUUAAGUAAUUAUCAGGGACUCGGGCAGACUCUUAAUAGACCACCUGUUACUUCUAAUCCAGUGACACCUUCAUUCCUUAGUGGUCCUGUUCCCCAAAUGCCGCUACCUACUUCUCAGAACCCAGCUGCUACACCAUUGCCUUCUGGUAGCUUUCUUCCUGGAGCCAAUGUACCACCAUCUUCAAAUUGGCAAUAUAACUAUCAAUCCACAGGACCACAAACAAACCACAGCCCUCGUGCAUCAUCUCAACCAACUAUGCCUGGGAAUACAAAUUUUACAAGUCAUCAGUAUAUUUCUUCUGGAGAUCCUUCACUUCAAAACAGCUUCAUAAAAUCAGGUUCUGUACCCCCUUUAGUGACUCCACCUCCACCUACCACUUUCCAACCAGGAACUCCUAUUGCACCCCCUCCAACUGGAGGACCCCCACCAGUGAGGCCUCUCACCUCUCAGAAAUCAUCACAUAAAGCUGUGUCUCAACCCUCAUUUAAUUCACCUAUCAACCAAGAAGGUAUUACAUCAAAUGCCAAUAAUGGAGCUAUGGCAGUUCACAAUAGCUAUGAUGAAAUUGAAGGCGGUGGCUUCUUGGCAACACCACAGGUUACUAACAAGAAUCCCACAAUGAGCCGAAGUGUUGGGUAUUCAUAUCCUUCCUUACCACCUGGUUACCAGAACACAGCACCACCUAAUACAGCUGGAAUACCACCCUCUUCCUUGAAUUACCCAAGUGGACCACAGGCCUUUACUCAGACCCCCUUCGGUGCUAAUCAUUUAACUGCAAGCAUGGGUGGAUUAAGUCUACAUCCAGAGGGUCUAAGAGUUACCAAUCUUCUUCAAGAGAGAAACAUGCUUCCAUCAACACCUUUGCAGCCUCCAGUUCCAAAUUUGCAUGAAGAUAUUCAGAAACUCAACUGUAAUCCAGAGCUGUUUCGAUGCACGCUGACUAAUAUUCCUCAGACUCAGGCCUUACUGAAUAAAGCCAAACUCCCUUUGGGACUCCUGCUUCAUCCUUUUAAAGACCUAGUGCAACUGCCUGUGGUUACAUCCAGUACAAUUGUGAGAUGCCGUUCAUGUAGGACAUACAUCAACCCUUUUGUCAGCUUUCUCGAUCAAAGAAGAUGGAAGUGUAACUUAUGUUAUCGAGUCAAUGAUGUUCCAGAAGAAUUCAUGUAUAACCCUUUGACCAGAGUUUAUGGAGAGCCUCACAGAAGACCUGAAGUUCAAAAUGCCACCAUUGAGUUUAUGGCUCCUUCAGAAUACAUGUUACGACCACCUCAACCUCCAGUGUACCUCUUUGUAUUUGAUGUGUCUCACAAUGCAGUUGAAACUGGAUACUUGAAUUCAGUUUGCCAGAAUUUGUUAGCUAGUCUGGAUUUGCUUCCUGGCAACACUAGGACAAAAAUUGGCUUCAUAACAUUUGACAGUACAAUCCACUUCUACAGUCUUCAGGAAGGUCUCUCUCAACCCCAGAUGCUAAUAGUUUCAGAUAUUGAAGAUGUUUUUAUACCUAUGCCAGAGAACUUACUAGUAAAUUUAAAUGAAAGUAAAGAGCUUGUCCAAGAUUUACUGAAAACAUUGCCGCAAAUGUUCACCAAGACCCUGGAGACCCAGAGUGCCUUGGGUCCUGCACUUCAGGCUGCCUUUAAGCUGAUGUCCCCAACUGGUGGUCGAAUGACUGUUUUUCAAACACAGCUUCCAACUCUUGGAGUAGGAGCCCUGAAACCACGAGAGGAACCCAACCAGAGGUCAUCUGCUAAGGAAAUUCACUUGACACCAUCCACUGACUUCUAUAAGAAAUUAGCCUUGGACUGUUCGGGUCAGCAGGUAGCUGUUGACUUAUUCCUUCUCAGUGGACAAUAUUCUGAUUUAGCAUCUCUGGGUUGUAUUUCUCGGUAUUCAGCAGGUAGUGUCUAUUACUAUCCUUCUUACCAUCAUCAGCACAACCCAGUCCAAGUACAGAAAUUACAUAAGGAACUACAGAGAUAUCUUACUCGUAAGAUUGGCUUUGAGGCUGUCAUGAGGAUUCGGUGCACCAAAGGUCUUUCAAUACAUACUUUCCAUGGGAAUUUCUUUGUUCGCUCAACGGACUUAUUGUCCUUACCCAACGUAAACCCAGACGCUGGGUAUGCAGUGCAGAUGUCAGUGGAAGAGAGUCUUACUGACACUCAGUUGGUUUCCUUUCAAUCAGCACUCUUAUAUACAUCUAGCAAAGGUGAAAGAAGAAUUCGUGUUCACACUUUGUGUUUGCCAGUAGUUUCAACUUUGAAUGAAGUGUUUCUUGGAGCUGAUGUUCAAGCAAUUUCUGGGUUAUUGGCCAAUAUGGCUGUUGACAGGUCUGUCUCUGCCAGCUUGAGCGAUGCUCGAGAUGCCCUGGUGAAUGCUGUCAUAGACUCUCUUUCAGCUUUUCGUACUUCCGUCCUGAGUAACCAGCAGCCUGGACUCAUGGUUCCUUUUUCUUUGCGGCUUUUCCCACUCUUUGUGUUGGCUCUCCUUAAACAGAAAUCAUUCCAGACGGGGACAAAUGCACGUCUAGAUGAACGCAUUUUUGCUAUGUGUCAAGUGAAAAAUCAGCCCUUGGUUUACCUUAUGCUCACAACUCACCCCAAUUUGUACAGAGUUGACAAUCUCUCAGAUGAGGGAGCGCUCAACAUCAAUGAUCGUACCAUACCUCAGCCACCUAUUCUUCAGCUUUCAGUAGAAAAGCUGAGCAGGGAUGGAGCUUUCCUCAUGGAUGCAGGCUCUGUGCUGAUGCUGUGUGUUGGAAAAAAUUGUGGACAGAAUUUUCUCAGCCAAGUUCUAGGAGUUCAAAACUAUGCAUUAAUCCCACAGACUAUGACUGACCUGCCAGAACUUGAUACACCGGAAUCUGCCAGAAUAAUAGCUUUCAUCUCUUGGCUUAGAGAGCAGAGACCAUUUUUCCCAAUACUUUAUGUGAUAAGGGAUGAGAGUCCAAUGAAAGCAAGCUUCCUCCAAAACAUGGUAGAAGACAGAACAGAGUCUGCAUUGUCUUAUUAUGAAUUCCUCUUGCAUAUACAGCAACAAGUGAAUAAAUGAACAAAUGAAGAUAUCUGGCAUAGUUGUUUCUAAGGAAAGUCACAAUGCAGAACACCUGAGAAUGUAUAGUACCUUCUUUUUCUAUUAGGUUUGUGGAUUAAUGUGAUGACUAGAUAUUCUCACUGUGAUUUCAACAAACUAUAGCAAAUAAAGGACCACAGCAGAGAAUCAAACAUGCAGCUUUGAAAUACUGUAUUUUUCAAAUCAAAAUAUAUCUACAUAUGAUUGGAUACCUUUUUCUCUUUGCUGCCAAUUGUGUUUGAGUUGUUGUAAUUGGAAUGAGAUGAGACAAUAUUACAGAGGCAAAGUACAUUUUGUAUAAUAAAGACUUCUGUGUUC